CACACACAGCUACGAUCCUCCUCCCAGGAACCAAGAUGGCCAAGUCUAAGAACCACACCAAUCACAACCAAAACAAGAAGGCUCACCGUAACGGCAUCAAGCGCCCUCAAAAGCACCGUUACGACUCUUUGAAGUUCCGUGAUGCCAAGUUCCGUCGCAACCAAAAGUUUGCCAACCGUGGUACUGUGAAGGCUCUUUAUGAGGCCAAGACUGCUGCUGCUAGCGCUUAAACAGUGAAUAUAUGUUGGUUCCUGCAGAGCCUGGUGUGAUAGGCGUCUGGUUCAACGAUGUUUCCACUCUUGCCUUGUCGUUCUAUGGCUGAAUUCGAGUGGGUGUAGCUUUGGGGUUGUUAAAUCGAGAGUGUUCUAAGGUGAAAUUUAGUUAAACUAUCGCACUGUGCCCCCGGCUUUUCGAAUGUUCAUGAAAAAAGCCCUUAUGCACUUGUGCCAGAUUAAGUCGGCCUUAUACAUAUUGGCACUCUAACUUUGUAAAUGUGUUCCUGUGUUAAGAAUCGGUCGACACAUGUCCCUUUCAGAUAGUAAGUGUGAAUCGUUUCAUUUCUUUGUGCAUAUCGGAGGGUAAAUGGAUGCAGCUUCAGUACUGUCGUGCUCGUCUACCACUGAUCGGUUUUCUCUGUCUUUACAGGGUGGGCUGGAUGUUUAUAAAGCUCGCAACGACCUCUGGGUGGAUGCACUGUAUUUAGAGUUGUCGUAUCUCACAUAAAGGGAGCAAAUUGGACGGGCCAUGUGGUGCAAUAGCAGCAGCCACGGGUUCUAUUAUCGCUGGUAUUUGUUCAUCAUACACACGUUGCCUUUGUUUAGGGUUACACAGUUCGAUGAACCGAUAUCAAAAGAAUUUGAGUCAGUAUGAAGAGAAUCAGUCAGCGAUCUGUAUACUGGGCGACUACAGAAACAAGCAUUAGUAUAUCCCAUCAAAGUUAUUAGAGAAAAAAAUACACUCCGUUCCUUAAGAUGGAAUAGAUACACGAGAUAUUAUGUAGCACCACAGUUUGAUACAGCCGCGUAUACACAAAUAGCUCCCGCAAGAAGAGCAUCUCCAGUCACUCAAAGGGUCCGAGGCUACACGCACACUAGCGAGAAUAAAGAGGAGAAAGUUCACGGAUGGGCGGAAGACCGUUGUCGCG